CAAUUUGAGCAGUAGAAAUGAAAAGCGUGGCAUUGAGGCAACUGAUGUAUCAAGUCAAUUGCAUGGUAGAACGGCGCAAAGUGAAGUUUAGUAAGCCAGUAUUAACGGAUUCUACUCCUAAGUGGCCUGCAAGUCGUUUUAGUGUAGGUGGACUACGGCAUUACGGGGAGUGGAUUGCUGUUUGUGCAUAUAUACACAAAAAUUUGAAACUUCACGGUUAUGAAUGUAAAGAAUUUUAUACAUCUGAGGUCGGGAAUAAAUUUGUGCGUGCUCUUGAGAGUCGUCUGUGCAGCGCAACGGCAGGUCAGCUUUACCAACUACUAAUCGCUGCGCGAGAGUUUGAAGCUCCUAUAGAGCAUAUUGUAUUGCAAGAAUUGCGGCCACAAAUCUCGGAAUUACGAACAGAAGAUCUGCUUCGUUUGCCCAGAGUCGUCACAACGCGUGACCCUGAAUUUUGGGGCCCAAUCAAGGAGGAAGUUAACACACGCACAAAAAUAGAAAACCCAGCAACAGAGGUAGAAGCAAUAGUUCAACAACGCCUCCUCCAGGCAUUCCACAGUGAAAUCAAAAAUUAGACACUGGUUCAAUUAUUGAU